UGUACAAUUUGCCACUUCGAUCACAAUGGCAUCACUACCUAAGCCAGAAUUGGGGGUCGGGGUGUUCCUGUUAAAGGGCAAUAAAGUACUGCUGGGUCGCCGCCGCACCGCGGUUGGGCGCAACACUUUCGCCCUUCCCGGCGGCCACCUCGAGUUCGGAGAAAGCUUUGAGCAAUGUGCAGCCAGAGAAAUUAAGGAGGAAACUGGGCUGGACAUCACAGAUAUUGAGUUCCUCACUGUCACCAACAAUGUCCUUUCAGAACCAAAGCCCAUUCAGUUGAUUGCCAUCCUCAUGCGUGCAGUGGUGGCAGAUCCUGAACAGACACCCGUCAAUCUUGAGCCUGAGAAAUGUGAUGGUUGGGAUUGGUAUGACUGGGAUAAUCUUCCAAAGCCGUUAUUUGCUCCGUUGGAAACUGUUGUGCUACGUGGUUUCAAUCCUUUUCUGUCCCAUUAGACGGUGGUCAAGAUUAAAUAAUGUACAGUUGUUCGGCUGCCCUCUACCUCAUUCAGCAAUUGACUUCAUCAGGGAUAAUUCAUCGCAGAGUCGGAAAAUGAUGCUUGGUCGUAAACUAGACAGUGUGAUUGCAAAAUAACACGACAGGUUAGCUGUCGUCGCUAAAUAUGAUUUUCUGAUCAAGUAUUUGAAAGGAGUGACCUAUUUGAUCAAUUUAUGUGCAUUUCUUUCUUAGUAAACAAUCUCUCAUUUGAACAAAUUAUGGAUUUUUCUUGCCCUCUAUUUCGAAUUUUUUUCCCCUUUA